AUGACCAACGAAUACAGGGACGAUCUUCGUCUCCUUGAUCUCAGCACACUUUCACCUCGUCCGCCGGCUACUUCAAAUGCAAGGCUUCCCACACCUCGUCAAGGUUCUAAUGCCGGAUCAUCUGUUUUUCCCAAGGACCAGUUACAAACUGUCGUCAUUAGUAUCAAAGGGAUGACAUGUCAUGCAUGUGUGAACAAUAUUCAAGACACAAUAAAAAGUCGCCCUGGUAUUCAUUCUUGUACAGUCUCUCUAGAAUCUGAACAAGGCGUUGUCGUAUUUAAUCCUUCCUUGUGGACAGCAGCUAAGGUAGCUGAAGCCAUCGAUGACAUGGGCUUUGAAUCCGAGGUCAAGAAUGAGGAAAAGGGUUGCCUUCAGCAAAGCGGUAGUCGACGGAGAGUCGUGAUUUCUAUCAAAGGCAUGGUCUGUCACGCCUGCGUAAACAAUAUACAAGAUACUAUUUCUCAACAGCCAGGAGUCUACUCAGUUGUAGUUUCUUUGGAGCGAGAAGAAGGUGUAAUUUAUUUCGACUCAUCUGUUCUGUCCGAUAGUCAAGUAGUUGAUGCUGUGGAUGAUAUGGGAUUUGAGGCCAAGUUGAUUAGUGCUGAAGCUGUCGUUGAACCAAACGUGUCCAAGAUCCCCUCAAGUCCUGCGAAAGAUUUCCUUGUUCGGUUUUCAAAACCUGACCGAAUAGAUGUAUCUCCUAAGAAAUCAAAGAUUCACCCUGAACUUGCAGUGGAAAAUCUCGAAAAAUGUACGUUAGCAGUUGAGGGAAUGACGUGUGCUUCAUGUGUGCAAUACAUUGAAAGAAAUAUUGGCAAAUUGAAAGGGGUCCAGUCAAUCGUAGUAGCAUUAAUAGCUGCGAAGGCUGAGAUUAACUACAAUCCAUCGCUGACCAGCGUGGAAAAGUUGUGUGCGGAAAUGGCAGCGUUAGGGUAUCGAGCGACUCUCAUCGACUCACCUGUUUCUGCAUUUAAUAAAAUUCACCUUAUAAUAGGCGGUUUGAACAGCGAGUCCGACGCGAACCGCAUUGAGUCUCAUGCGAUCUCAAAGACGGGUGUGGAAAGCUGUCACGUCUCACUUGCCACCUCAAUUGCGACUGUCGAAUUCACUCCUUCAGCUGUUGGUCCACGGGAUCUCAUUGCUGUUAUUGAGGGGCUUGGAUACACUGCUGAACUUGCUAGCAAAGAUGAUCAAGUGAGACGUUUGGAUCAUUCAGAAGAAGUGCGAAAAUGGAGAACCACGUUUCUUGUCAGCCUUAUUUUUGGUAUUCCGGUCAUGUUAAUUAUGGUUGUGUUCCACUGGAUUCUGCACACUCCUAUGCAUCCAGAAAAUCAGACACCUAUUCUCUCUCCAGCUCUUUCGCUGGACAACCUUCUUCUUCUACUGUUAUGCACCCCAGUUCAGGUGAUCGGCGGCCGCUAUUUUUAUGUGGCAUCGUGGAAAGCUCUACGUCAUGGGAGCACCAACAUGGACGUGCUCAUCGUUUUAGCCACCACAAUAGCAUUUACUUAUUCAAUUCUGGUUCUUAUAAUAGCUCUUGUCCUUAGGUGGCCAUCGAGUCCAAUGACAUUUUUCGAUGUUCCUCCAAUGCUAAUAGUGUUCAUUUCGUUAGGCAGAAUGCUGGAGCACAAAGCCAAGGGAAAAACGUCUGAAGCUCUAAGUCGCCUGAUGUCUUUGCAAGCAAAAGAGGCCACUCUUGUUACUAUGGACAGCGAAGGCCGCAUCACGUCUGAGAGAGCGAUCAACAUAGAGCUCGUGCAACGCAGCGAUUUGAUCAAGAUUGUACCCGGUGCCAAGGUUCCCGUCGAUGGUGUCGUAGUUGACGGAAAGAGUUCUGCUGAUGAGUCUUUUAUCACAGGAGAAUCUAUGCCCGUAGUUAAAAAGCCAGGUAGCAUGGUGAUUGGAGGUUCCGUCAAUCAAAAAGGAGUUUUAAUCGUUAAAGCAACGCAUGUUGGCCAGGAUUCGACCUUGUCGCAAAUCGUACGCCUUGUAGAAGAAGCACAAACGAAUAAGGCUCCAAUCCAGCAGAUGGCAGACCGCAUAGCGGGUUACUUUGUCCCAUGCGUGAUUUUCCUUGCGCUUCUUACUCUUUUUGCAUGGAUUGUUAUAGGAUACGUAUCAGAAAAAUAUGAAGAAAUGACACCAACAAGUCGUUUUGAAAGGGUCAUGAAAGUGGCCUUCGAAGCAGCAAUCACAGUGCUAGCUAUCGCUUGUCCGUGCAGCCUUGGCCUAGCUACACCCACGGCUGUAAUGGUUGGCACCGGAGUGGGAGCAAUCAAUGGGAUUCUUAUCAAGGGAGGGGAACCUUUAGAGACCGUUCACAAAGUUAGCACUGUGAUUUUUGACAAGACCGGCACGAUUACGGAAGGACGUCCGCGGGUGAUCUCCAUCCUCACCCUUCGGUCACCCUUGGAUCUGCCUCUGCAGACGUUAGCUUUAAUUUGCGGUUCCGCCGAAUCUCAGUCAGAGCAUCCCAUUGGAGCGGCUAUAACGAAUUUUGUCAAGGAGUGGCUUGGUGAUCCGACUUGGGCUGCAGUUUCUCGUUUUCAUGUUUCCGCUGGAAGCGGCGUCUCUUGCCAGAUAUCUGGAGUUCGAAAAUCAGUUGCAUCAUUAAAUGUGAAUGCUCCUGCUCUUUCCGAGGGAGAGGAAAUAGCCAUAUCCAACUCUAAAGUUCUGUAUAAGCAAGUAUCUUGCAUGCCAACCACACGAAACCAGAAAGAUCCGGAUGUAUUCGAAGUUGUGGUUGGAAGCGAGCGUAUGAUGCAAAAGUUCAACAUCCCCGUCGAUGAGGUCACCGCCGCAGCGUUGGCGGUUGAGCAACAAAAAGGUCACAUCUCAGUACUGUGUGCCGUCAACGGUGAAAUCGCUGCAAUCAUUUCGAUUGCGGACCAAAUAAAAAGGGAUGCACCUGUGGCCGUGUGGGCAUUGUGUCGAAUGGGAAUGCGCGUAGUGUUACUGACUGGAGACAACGCAAAGACAGCUGCAUCUACUGCAAAGCAGGUUGGAAUCGCUGAUGUGUUCUCUGAGGUUCUUCCUAACCAGAAACAGAUCAAAAUUCAACAACUACAGGAAGCAGGCGAGCGAGUGGCAAUGGUUGGUGACGGUGUGAAUGACUCACCGGCGCUCGCAUCUGCAGACGUUGGUAUCGCAAUAGCGGCUGGUAGCGACGUAGCGAUCGAAAGUGCUGGUAUUGUACUUGUUAGGAAUGACUUGAUUGACGUUGUUGGUGCUAUCCAAUUGUCCAAAAAGACGACAAGAAGAAUACGACUAAACUUUCUAUUCGCAAUUAUCUAUAAUGCGAUCGGAAUCCCAAUUGCUGCUGGAGUUUUUCGUCCAAUUGGGUUCAUGCUGCAACCAUGGAUGGCUGCUGCAGCCAUGGCGUUGAGCAGCGUUUCGGUUGUCACAUCUUCGCUUUUGCUGAAAACCUAUAGAAAGCCCACUUACGGAUCGUUGUACAGCACUGAAUACAAAAGACACGAAAAACUUCUCCAAUCAGGUCGAUUCGAGGUGCGAGUCCAUCGAGGGCUAGACGAUACUGGAGUGUUCCGUACCAGUUCGCGUUUGUCUGUAUUAUCGAGCAAGAUGAGUUCAAUUUUAGGAUCAACGACUAGUAUUAUUAGUGGAGCAGCGAAGAAAAGAGCGAGGCAGCAACUAUUGGACGGCGAUGGCAGCUCAGAUUCUGACGAUCUCGUUGUGUGA